UAUACAUCCAAUAUUCUCCCAAUACUCUUCUUACCGACAUUAUAUUUCAUCCAGAAUCUCCUUAAUUAUUUGUUUAAUUUCAUCUUCUUUGUUGUUCUGCCUUGAUUAAGAAAUUCAAGAAGGAAUAUAUGGGCAAUCCCUUGCAGCUCAAAUCAUUGAAUCACAUCUCAUUGGUGUGUAGAUCAUUAGAGAAGUCAGUUGAUUUUUAUGUCAACGUUCUUGGCUUCUUUCCUAUCAAGAGGCCUAGCUCCUUCAACUUCAAUGGUGCAUGGUUGUUUAAUUAUGGUAUUGGCAUACACCUCCUCCAAUCAGAUGACCCAGAAAGUAUGACCAAGAAUGAUCUUCACAUUAAUCCAAAGGACAACCACAUUUCUUUCCAAUGUGAAAGUAUGGGAGCAGUGGAGAAUAAACUGCAGCAAAUGAAGAUAGAGUAUGUGAAGAACAGAGUAGAGGAAAAUGGAAUCUAUGUUGAUCAGUUAUUCUUCCAUGACCCAAAUGGCACUAUGAUUGAAAUAUGCAAUUGUGACAAUAUUCCAAUUGUACCUUUAUCAGAAAACAAAGUGUGGUCUUGUUCACGCUUCAAUUGCAAUAUUCAAAAUCAGCAGCAGCAGCAGCAUAUUCAACAAAUGAUCCCAAUGUAGCUAUUAAUUAAUUCAUUAUAACAAGUGGUAGUGACAUGUAAAUUCUCAAUCACCAUGAGUUCUUGUAUAUAAUUGUUACUUGAAAAACCUUUGCAUUGUAUGUUAAUUAGUUGUAGUGAUGACAUUCAUUUAUGAAA